AUGACUGCCUCCAGAUCCCCGACAUUAAACGCCGCCGGAGACUUCCCAGACGUGCUUAGGAAGGGGAAAGAGAAUGGUAGUCUUGCAAAGGAUAGCACAUGCAGCGAAAGCGACCAGACAGACCAGAAAGUUGCUGCAGAUGAGUAUCCGCACGGGAUACGGCUAGUCCUCCUUGCGGGGGCGUCUACCAUGGGCAUCUUCCUGAUAGCUCUGGACCAGACCAUCGUCGGGACAGCGAUACCCAAGAUCACGAGCGAAUUCCAUGGCAUUAAUGACGUCUCUUGGUACGGCGCGGCGUACUUCAUGACCUUUGGCGCCUACAAGCACUUUAACCUCAAGCUAGGCUUCCUCGUUGCGAUCUUUAUCUUCGAGCUCGGCAGCUUGAUUUGCGGUGCGGCUCCAAACUCCAAGGCCUUGAUCCUUGGCCGCACCAUCGCUGGUGUUGGCAGCGCUGUCGUUUUCAGCACCGAGCCAAAGACGCGGCCGGUAUUGAUGGGAUUCAUCGGGCUAAUGUACGGCCUUGCUGCCGUUCUUGGACCCAUGCUCGGCGGCGUCUUUACGGAUAAAGUCAGUUGGCGAUGGUGUUUCUACGUCAAUUUGCCAAUCGGGGGUCUCGUCGCUGUCGUUGUGCUUAUUCUUUUCCACCCUCCGAGUGCUGCCAAGCCCCCCGAAGUCAGUCUGAAGAACAAGCUGUUACAUUUGGAUCCGGUUGGCAUCGCUCUGGCUAUGGUGGCUAUUGUCUGCUUCAUCCUCGGCCUUCAGUAUGCAGGAACCGCCCAUCCGUGGAGCAGCAGUCUGGUGAUCGGUCUGCUCGUCGGGUUUGGCGCUAUCUCAGCUGCCCUAGUCACUUGGGAGAUAUUUCUAGGCGAGUAUGCCAUGCUAUUGCCGCGAUUGCUUAGAAGACGGACACUUUGGAGUGUGGCCCCUUAUCAGUUCUGCUUCCUCGGCACGCUUUUUCUUCUUCUUUACUACCUCCCCAUCUAUUUCCAAAGCAUUCGGGGCGCGAACCCCCUCGAGUCCGGCGUCAAUAACCUACCCAUAGUGGUGUCGGUGGCUCUAUUUUCUAUUAUUGGCGGCUCUGUCGUCUCUAAGACUGGUCAAGCGACAAUAACCAUGUUUGUUGGCGCAGCCAUUGCCUCAGUUGCGACUAGCCUAGUGUAUACUCUCGACGUCGACUCGGCGACUGGAAAGUGGAUUGGCUAUCAGAUUCUCGCCGGAUCUGCCAUCGCUUUUUCGGCGCAGAAUGGCCUAAAUAUCGCACAAGCCAACGUGAGCCCUGAAGAUGUCACGGCCGUCACGGCCAACCUUUACUUCUUCCAGAUGGCGGCCUUCGUCAACAGACUGCUCGCCAACUUGCCCAUCACGGCCCCUGGCGUGGAUCCAGCCCCGGUUAUGGCGACGGGCGCCACUGGUCUCCGAACUGUAUUCACAUCGGAUGAGCUUCCUGGUAUCCUGCUUGCGUAUAUGCAAGGCAUUAAAGCCGCCUUUGCAGUUGCAAUUGGCCUAUGCGUCAUUGGGUUUUUAGACACCUUGAUCAUUCCCUGGAGCAGACUCCCUGCUUAUGUGGGAGACAAAUCUGACGGCGACCGCAAAGAUGAUGCCGCUGCUUCAGAGUGA